AUGGCUCCCAAGAAGCUCACCGACCACCUCCUCUCUCACAGUCGAGAUGCCUUCAAGUCCGCAACCAACCAUCCAUGGCUCCGUCUCGCCGGCACCUCAAAACUACCUACUCCAGCUCUACUAGCCUGGUUGACACAAGACCGCCUUUACAUCUUCUCCUACAUCCCCUUCAUGGGCAACAUGCUCUCGAAAGCUUCCAUUCCCUCUGCCUCACGCGAAAAGUCGCUCGAAUGGCGUGUUGCUGAUUGCUUCAUCAAUGCCCUUACCAACGUUCGAAGGGAGCUUGGCAUGUUCGAAGACAUUCUAAAAGAGCACUUUGACUGGGAAGAAGGAGGCGAGACGGCGACGAAGGAGACAAGAGCAUACCAAGACAUGUUUGCUGGCGCCGGUGCACCCAAUCAGAGCAUACUUGUUGGUAUGACGGCGUUGUGGGCGACCGAGAAAUGCUAUCUAGAGGCUUGGAAGUAUGCCCUGAGCUUCAAGAAUGAGGUGCCCGAGGACAGGAAGUCGCAUGUGCUUCAUACUACGCUGAUACCCAACUGGACUUGUGAAGAGUUUGAGGAGUUUGUCGUAAGCAUUGGCAAGCUACUAGACGAGCUCGCUGAGGACAUCGCCGAAGGUAGCAAAGAGUGGGUCAAGUGUGAGCAAGUAUGGGACCAAGUCUUGUGGGCUGAGGAGAACUUCUGGCCAAAGGUUACGCAGCAAUAG